UCCAAAUCUUCUUCACCUCUGCCUGCAUGAUGGUCAACGCCCGGACUCUCCUUGCUGCCACCUGCUGCUGCACCUACCUGUGGCUGGUGUGUGCAGAGGACUCGUCUCUGGAGACGCGCUCACUGGACUACACCAUCAAGGCUCAGCAGGAAAAAGAUCUGAUUGAUGCUUUGCAAGAAGUUCUGGAGAAGCUGAGGAGCAAAGAGAUGCCCUCUGAGAAAAAGCUGGGCUGGCUGCCUUCGUGUGAUGCAGGGGAGCCGUGUGCUAUGCGGAAAGGAGCUCGCAUCGGAACGCUGUGCAGCUGCCCUCGAGGGACGACGUGUAACUUUUAUGUGCUGAAGUGUUUGUAAAAUCCACAGGGUUUCCAUGUGUCUCCGUGUAGAUCAACAUCUGUUGCUGUUCUGUAAACAUCAAAGUGUAUUUGACUCCUUCAUCUUUAAAUGUAGCGUGACGUUCUGUCUGCAAACCAAAAUGUGUGUCGUUGGUGUCUGUGC